AUGCAGAACAGUUUUGCGAACGAGCCGCAGCAGCUGAUACCAAGACAACAAGCGACGACAAUGAAGGCUUUCGUGGCAACGCUCCUGUUGGCGGCUGUCGCCUCCGCGGCGCCGGGUGGCUACUACGGACACGGCCACGGCAUCUCCCUCGCCGGACCACACACCGGACCCAACCACCUCGUUGGACCUUCCAAUGGGCCGUCUGCUCUAGCUGGACCUUCCGUUGGCCCGUCUCGCCUCUCGGGUGCCGUUGACCACGGAGCUCUCGUCACCGGUGCCAUUACUGGACCGUCCGCCGUUAAAGGAAGCAUCGACUUCGGUACCGCUGUAGAUGACCAUUUCGGUGGUCCCGGUCCACACGGCGGCCCAUACGGUGGCCCUGGACCAUACGGCUAUGGCCUCCUUGCUGGUCCCGGUCCUCACGGAUAUGGUGGAUGGGCUUACUAAAUCACAGGACAUGGAGCGGUGCUGGCUGGGCCACACACGGGGCCAGCCGCGAUCACAGGUCCCGUGGCGCCAGGAGCGGUGAUUAAGGGCCCAUCGGGUAUCAUCAAGGCUGGUGGCCUUGGCUGGGGACCUUACUAAAUACACAACUUUUUCCACGACGACCAGAAAGAGUUCCAGCUAGCCAACGAUCUCCGCCGAUUGAGCGACCGCUAUAGUACCUCUACACACAUACACAAGCACACGAAUACACACACACAUAUACACACAUGUACAAACGUGGUGCGAACGAGGAGAGCCGAUCUCUUUCCCUUCGUUUCUCGCCUUCUCUUCUCAUUCAUACAGUUUAAACGCGCAUA